UUACUGGAAGGGUUGGUUAGGACAUGGGUUACUGGGAAGGGUCAGUGCAGAUACUGGGAUUUUACUGUGAAGGACUGACUCAAAAUAAUUGCCUGGCUGGGUUUUGUGUUUUUGUUUGUUUGUUUGCUUCCCCUCUUUACAAAGGCUUGUAUAGGCUGGGAAAAGUGGACAGGCAGCGUCAUUUGCUGAGCAAAUGGGAUGAAGGGACACCACAGGGAGUGUGGGUCCCCAGUGCAGGGCUGGGGGCUGAGGUAGGCCAUGGAGGGAUUUGUGUGGAUCUGGUGGCACAGGGGGUUGAACAGGGAGGGAAGAAGGGGAGUGAGGUGGAUGGGGAGGGACAGGAACCUCAGGGAGGGGGGUCAUUGAGGACAGGACUCUGAGGGAUGGUGAUCCAUCGGGACAGGGAUGCUUUGAGGCUAGGAACUUGGGCAUGGGGAUUACAGGGACAGGGACCUCGGGGAUAGUGAGCAUUGGGUGUGAGGACUGUUUGAGGCACAGAGCCCUGGGGACAGGGACCUCAGAGCUGGGGAUCUCUGAGGGCAGGGGUGCUUUGGGACAGGACUCCUUGGGGACAACAAUCCAUUGGGACAGAGAUGCUUUGAGGCGAGGAUCCUUGGGGCAAAGAACUUGGGAAUGGGGAUUUCAGAACAGUGAUGCAGAGACCUUUGGGGACAAGAAUCCUCAGGGGGAGGGCACAAAUACUGUUUGAGGUACAGACCCUUGGGGACAGGAGAUGUGGGAUCUUUGAGAUAUGGACCUUUGGGGGCAGGGAUCUUCAAGAACAAGGAUCCUUGGGGACGGAAUGAGGGCUGUCUGAGAUACAGACCCUCGGGGACAGGGACCCACAGGGACAAGGAUCCUUGGGGACAGCAUGGAAAAAGGGCUGCUUGAGAGAGAGAGAGAGACACCUGGGGCAGAGACCUUUGGGGACAAGGAUCCUCAGGGAGAGGGGACGAGUGCUGAGAUACAGCCUCUGGGGAUGGGAACCUUCAAGGACAAGGAUCCUCGGGGACGGGGGAAUGAGUGCUGUCUGAGAUACAGCCUCUCAGGGACAGGGACCUUUGGGGACAAGGAUCUCUGGGGACAGAAGGUGGCGAGGGCUGCUUGAGACAGAGACCUUUGGGGACCUCUGGGACUUUCUGGGAAAGAAACUAUUUUUUGCUACUUUUUUUUUUGUUUGUUUGUUUUUUCAGGUCUUUUUUUUUUUUUUAGAAUUUUAUACUUUUUUGUGUGUUUGAAGUGCUUAAAUAAUGGAACUAAAAUUAGCCGCACAAGAAAAAAAAAAUCAGAACAGGGCCGGGAUAUUAUUUCUGUUGGCUCCCUUCAGAUCAGCCUGACAAGGUACGGCCAGAGCUCUGCUUGAGAUACAGACCCUCGGCGACAGGGUCCUACUGGGACAAGGAUCCUCAGGGACAACAGGGGACGAUGGUUGCUCGAGACGGACAGUGGGUCAGGGGAUGAGUGCUGUCACAGACCCUGAGGACACGGACGCGGGGUGACGAACGUCGGCGCUCAGCCGGGCGCAGCGCUGCGCUCGGGUCGGGGUCGCACCGCGCUUCGCGCUUCGCGCUCCCGUGUCCCUCGCGGCGCUCCGUCGGGCGGGUCACGUGGGCUCACCUGGCCCAGGUGGGGCGGGGCCGGCGCCGCUCCCUGCUCGCAGGAAUCUCUUUCUGCUGAACAAUGACGAUCUUAGACCCCGGCUAACUGGCACAGCUCACGGCUCCCACGCUGCUCCUCCCAGGCAGAUGGUGGAGUCCUCUGUGAGGAUCGGCUCCUUUCAAACCAGGCGCCUGUGUGAGAAGAGGGAAAGCUGCCAGCUGCCCUGUGCUUGAGCCAUGCUGGGCCGAAAAGCAGGACCCCCCCACAACCUGAACAGCCACCGCCAGAAAAACCAGUCCUACCAGCAGGCCGUGCCCCCGAGGAGCCGACCAUCCAAGGAGGCCGAGGUCGGGCUGGAGGUGUUGGGUGGUUUGACUCCUGAAAUCAAACAGAGCCGCACCAGAGCCCAGCAGAUGCGGGACAGGAAAGGUCGCAAAGCUGAGCUCAAGGACUCUAAUGGGAGAGAGGCAGAAACCAUUACCUUCAUCUCCGGCACGGCGGAGGCUCCUGCAAACCAGAGCUUCUGCUGUUCCUCUCUGUCUCAUGCCUGGAAAACGUACAAAGCUGUUUUCUGUUGCAUAGUGACCUGUGGGGGCUGCUUUCAGGACUGCAGUGUCUGCAUCCCCUAUCCAGGGCCUGCCGAGUCCUCCACCGACGAUGGGAAGAAUGGAGAUUAUAACGGGCGGCUGCCAAACAGCCCUGCCAACGUCUCUCCCACCGAGAAGAAUGGGAACCAGAUCAAAAAGUCCCACAUGGGCAGCAGUUUCAGUUACCCAGAUGUCAAACUGAAGGGCAUUCCUGUCUAUCAGAACAGGAGCCUGGGCCACCAUCUGGAAUCAGAUUCGUGCUUCAAAGAGCUGCUGCCGGAGAAGCCCCUCAGGAACAGCAUAGAAAAGCCUCCGCUCCCCAGCAGCCACCGCAGCUCAGAGGAGUAUUAUUCCUUCCACGAGUCUGACCUGGAUAUCAGCGAGCUGAACGGCUCCAUGUCCAGCAGGGAGAUCGACGUCCUGAUCUUCAAGAAGCUGACAGAGCUCUUCAGCGUCCACCAGAUCGACGAGCUGGCCAAGUGCACGUCAGACACUGUCUUCCUGGAGAAGACCAACAAGAUCUCGGACCUCAUCAAUAGCAUAACUCAGGACUACAACCUGGAUGAGCAGGAUGCUGAAUGCAGGCUGGUCCGAGGCAUCAUCCGCAUCAGCACUCGGAAAAGCAGGGUCCGGCCCCACAUUUCUGUUCCAGCCAGCCAGAGCCAUGAGGAAAAGUCCAGCAGAGGCAACGCGCCGGACAGUGGGAAUGAAACAAUGCUGGAGUCCACGGUCAUCAGCCAGGACGAUUUGGCCGUGCAAAUAUCAGAGGAAACGCCAGCAGAUGUGCUGGCCAGGAACAUGAGGCGGCACAGCGGCGCAGGCUCUCCAACAAGCAGAGAUUCCUCUUUCCAAGACACAGAGACUGACUCAUCUGGAGCACCUCUGCUUCAGGUGUAUUGUUAAGAAAAGGGACCCAAACAGCAGGCAGGCAUUGCAAGGCUUUGCUGCAGAUUUCUCUUUCCAUAUGGAGCAUAUUAUGUCACUUUUUCCCCCCAGUCUACUCACAUCCUUUGUUGAAGCCAAAGUUCUCCUACUGUCUGAGUUUCACUGGGAAUUUUUUUUUUUCUUUGGACAAUAUAGAACAUUAAGGAAGUGAACUGUGGAGCUAAUGCACUUGGGAGGUGGAAUGUGUGCCCAGGGAGGAGAAAUGGACAAGGAAGUGCUCGAUGAUUUUAUUUCCAGUCUUCACGUUCCAGCAAUCUCAGUGACCCAGCUCCUUCCCUGCUUUGAGAAUGUGCUGUACAUUUCUUGCUUGCUGGCAUUGCAGAAGUUAACCUGGGGAGGGGAUGUCAGGGGGUGUCUGCGUUAGUGACAGUGCUGAGGCAAAGGCCAGGCACCCGCUCUCUAAGGACCCAGAUCUCUGUAAAGAGCCUGGGUUGGUGGUCCCAGAAACACAGCUCCUCUGCCUGUGGCGUUGCAGAUCUGCCUUCUUCCUGCUGCCCUUAGUGUCGUUUCCCAUUGCCCUGUAAGGAGAAGGUUCAGCUGAUGUGGUUUGUUUCAACUUUGGCCUCUUGGCCCCUCUCCCAAGAUAGUGCCAGCUGCAGGGAGGCAAUGCUUGAACUGCUGCCCUCCUCAUCCUCCCCAGCUACUCCCAGUCUGAUCUGAGCUGCACACAUUGACCUGUGGCUUGCAUGCCAGCCUGCUCUCCUGUCUCACUCACCACCAAGCCCUGUGCAUUUCCACAUCGUGCUUGUUGUCAGGCUGGCUGCUGGGGCAGCCCUGGAACGUGGGUUAUAUGAGGUAUGUGAGACAAUUCCUUCAUUUUUAGUUCUUAUUUUUUCUGAUAAAGACUUGGACUGUUUGCUCUGCCAGAAAAUCCCAUCAAAGUGUCUGAACUUGAAAGCCUCCCUCAGAGAGCAUCUGCACAGGACCUGGGAGAAGCCGCUUGCUCCUACACAGCCCUGUGAGCGCUCAGCACCUUCUCUUACUUCUGCUCUUCUUUCACAGCCACGUACAGCUGUGGCAUUGCUACCCCAAGGGCACAGAGCCAGAUGACCUUGAGGGCUGCAGCAGGAGGAAGCUGUACCUUGCUGGUGUUGCCACUUGUUUUUUUAUCAGAAAGCAAACAUGCGAGGCCAUGGGACUUGUUUAUACUUCAGGUGCCCUUGGACAUGACUAGAAAAUGUUGGGUUGGAUUUCCCAUCAACGCAAUCAACACACCCACUGGUUUCUGAGGAGGGGGAAACCAAAGUCGGUCCCAUGCUUUGGUGUAGACUGUGUUUGUGUGCCUUAAUUGAACUGAAACGUGCCUUAAUUGGACUGAAACGUGCCUUGAGUUCAUAGCCCAUGAUUACUCUCCCAAAGGUUGGGGAGGGGGAAGAGGAUUAAAUUCUUGACGUAAGCAGUCAAACUUAUUUAAGUGGCCAAAGUCCUUUGAAAUGUGCAGCCCAAGUCCCUGUCAGAGCCUGUUUUUGUAAACUGCUCACAUUUCCCAGCGUGAUUUCAUGAAUCAUGGACAUCACUGAGACCACACCUUGAGACACUGACUGAGAUAUUGGCAAUAAAGGGGUCUGAGCCAUUGGCUUGGCGUGCCCUCCUGGUGUUGUCAUCAGCAUUGGCUGUGAAAAACCCUCUCUAUGCAAGGAAGAGACAUGAAGCAAGGACAGCGCGGGGCCCGGAUCCACUGCUUGGUGACCUUCAGAAUGCCACAUGGACCCACUCUGCUUCCUGCUCCUGAGUGGGUUUGCCCAUACCUCUGCAAUGAGUUUCCUUACACCUGUACAGCACUGUGGCUCAUGCAGCUCUGUGUGCUUUGCGGUGGAGAUGAGGGGUGAGAAUGAACUUGCAAAGAGCUGCCAGCUGCUACUACAGGUGCAAUGGCACUUCUUUAUGUUUAGUCUGCAUAUUGUGAGCCAAUGUGUAUGGAUCAAGCUUGCAAAACACACCCAAAAGCCGAGUCAUCUGCUGGACCCUGCAGCUGGUGCUCCUGUGCUGUCUUAUGGCAUUCAUCUCCCUUCCUCACCCUUAACAUCUGAUUCAGUCUAUUUUUUUUUAAUAUAAAGCAGG